AUGGUAUCGAAUCGUGGAACUCACGUGCUGGUCUGGGAACAGCCAGGAUUGGAAGACCAGAGACCCAAAAGCUAUAGUGGUGGUCUCGGCACCCGUCACUGGGUGACGUUCAUGUUGUUCCUGGGCAUGGCCAACGCGUACAUCAUGAGAACAAACAUGUCGGUGGCCAUCGUAGCUAUGGUGAAUCACACGGCGCUGCCUGUAGAUAAGGAGGCAAUAGACACUGAAUGUGGCCCCGUCGAUCCUAAUGCUACCAGUGUCGUCUUGCAAGACGGGAACUUUGUAUGGAGUUCGACGCUUCAAGGCUACAUCCUAUCCUCCUUUUUCUAUGGCUACGUCAUCACGCAAAUUCCUUUCGGCAUCCUGUCUAAGAGAUAUGGUGCACGUCUUUUCCUCGGGGUGGGCAUGUUGAUCAACUCAGUGUUUGGUCUUUUCGUUCCGGUGGCUGCAGAAGCUGGAUACGGAUGGCUGAUCCUCGUGAGAUUCAUACAGGGUCUUGGUGAAGGACCAAUUGUACCCUGCUCUCACGCUAUGUUGGCUAAAUGGAUUCCACCCAAUGAGAGGAGUAGGAUGGGUGCAGCUGUAUAUGCUGGUGCACAAUUCGGCACGGUUAUAUCAAUGCCGCUCUCCGGCUUGCUCUCUGCUUAUGGGUUUGCUGGCGGAUGGCCUUCCAUCUUCUACGUAUUUGGCAUCGUCGGCACUGUGUGGAGUCUGGCCUUCCUCUUCUUUGUGUCUGAGGACCCUGAGAACUGUCCCAGGAUAAAGGAGCCGGAGAAAAAGUACAUCUUGAGCUCGUUGUGGGGCGCUGCCGGUUCCAGCUCUCCACCCAUUCCAUGGCGCAAGAUCAUAAUGUCGAUGCCGUUCUGGGCGAUAAUGUUGGCACACAUGGGACAAAAUUAUGGCUACGAGACGCUCAUGACAGAGCUGCCAACCUUCAUGCGUCAAGUCCUCCACUUCUCUAUCAAAGAUAACGGUUUCGUGUCGGCCUUGCCCUACCUGUGCAUGUGGUUUUUCUCAAUGUUCAUCUCCGUGGUCGCCGACUGGAUGUUGUCAAGCGGGCGUUUCAACCAUACCCAAGUCAGGAAGAUCAUUAACAGUAUUGGUGAAUAUGGUCCAGCGCUCGGUCUGUUCAUCGCCGCGAACACCGGCUGCAACCCCGCCGCCACCGUCGCGAUACUCGCCGUCGGUGUCGGCCUCAACGGUGGUAUCUACUCCGGUUUCAAGGUAAACCACUUGGACAUCUCGCCAAGAUUCGCCGGCAUUCUAAUGGCCUUCACUAACUGCCUCGCCAACCUCACAGGUCUUCUGGCGCCCAUCGUCGCCGGAUAUAUCAUCGAGGGCAGGCCAACUCAAGCCCAAUGGAGGAUAGUUUUCUACAUCGCGGGUGGCGUGUACAUAUUCUGUGCGACAUUCUACAACCUCUUCGCUUCAGGACGACGACAAGAGUGGGACAAUCCGGCUGAAGAUGAAGCAUUAGCCAAGAAGGCCGCCGCCAAAAAGGCGCAGAAACUAGAAAAGAGAACGGCAAGCAACCAGAACACAGCGGAAACCGCGCAA